AUGGCACGCGUUCGAGUCAGACCGCCUAGCUUCCGAACUAUACCGACAAGACUUUGCUUAUACAAGGACUAUAAGUUUGGAGUUUACUGUAGGAGGGAUCGAUGGGUUCUUCUAUUUUACAGCAAGGAAGUGUAUGAAAACAUUUAUUAUCAAGUUAUAAUCGAAGACAUAAGGAGUACCCUAGACAAGAUAUGCAUACCAUAA